AUGAGACGCGCAAGGGAAGCCCUGCUCAUUCUAUACAUCGCGCUGCUGCCCGCCCUAAAUCACAUUCCCCCUGUGUUCAAAACGAACUGCGUACAUGUAGGACACGACUACCUCCGCGAUCUUAUAAAAAUGGGCAUAUUUGAAAAAAACAGCACAAAAAUAAGAAAGGAGGUAUACGAAAACAUAAACCGUACACACGAAACCUACUCGUCAUGCAAAACCUGCAUCAAGCUCAUUCAGUUGAUAGGAAAAAUAAUACAAAAAAAAAAAGAACCAUAUGUAGAUAUAGCCAUAGAAGACACACUGGAAACCAACUUGUGUGACUCUAACCUCUGGCACGAACAUUUCAAUUACGACGAACUGUUAUAUAGUGAACACGUCCUAGAGUAUUGCAAGGCCACAUGGAAACGGACGAAGGAUAGUAUAGAGCAACAUAUAUACCACUUCUACAACAAGGAGGAAUUAUUUUACCGGACAGUCUGUUUACAUAUCAACCCCCUAUGCAAAACUGCCAUUGAGGAGGAAAAAGUUAACCUCAGCAAGGACUCCAAGGUUAAAUUUAUCUAUCAGCUAUACUGUGAUUACUUAACUGGAGAGGAACACUAUAGCCAAACGAGCCAAAGUGUGCCAUAUAAAAAAAUCGAAUCUGCACACAAUUCAAAUGUAACCCUGAAGAGAAACGACUACGCAGUUGUCCAAUCAGAAAUUCGCACAAUGAACCAAAAAAAAGUGGCUGACGAUUUUGCAGACAGAAAAUUCAGACUGCUUCGAAUUAGUGAACUUGAUUACGACGUACUGGAGGUUUUCCUGCGGAUGAAACAGCAAGACGUCUUUAAAUUCCUGUUUUAUUGCAAAUCGUGUGAAGACCCCAUACUGGAAGUCAAAAUUAAAAUACACCGCGUAUCAGACAAUGUCGACUCCAUCAUUAAGGGGAGUUAUCAGGAUGAUUUGAUCACAAAUGACAAGCCAUUUUUGUUAUACAAACGGCCCUCUACAUGA